GGAGCCGCAGAUGUGAUAAACAGGCCGCCCCCUCCCUCCGUCCAGCCGCCGGCAGGUCGCUUCCAGCAGGUUCAGCCUCAGACUCACAGCCGCAGACGGUAACCGCCACGCUCCUCAGGCCUUUCUGCACAACAGCGGAAGAAAUUCACAGCUUGACUUCAGCUUAGUUAUUCACGGAAAUGCCCACGAUAAAACUCCAGAGCUCCGAUGGGGAAAUCUUUGAGGUGGACGUUGAGAUCGCCAAGCAGUCCGUCACCAUCAAGACCAUGUUAGAAGAUUUGGGAAUGGAUGAUGAAGGCGACGAUGACCCCGUCCCCCUCCCUAAUGUGAAUGCUGCCAUUCUCAAGAAGGUGAUUCAGUGGUGCACCCAUCACAAAGACGACCCCCCUCCCCCUGAGGACGACGAGAACAAGGAGAAGAGGACGGACGACAUUCCUGUUUGGGACCAGGAAUUCCUCAAAGUGGACCAAGGCACCUUGUUUGAACUCAUCCUGGCCGCUAACUAUUUGGACAUCAAAGGCCUCUUAGAUGUCACCUGCAAGACAGUGGCCAACAUGAUCAAAGGCAAAACCCCAGAAGAGAUCAGGAAGACUUUCAACAUCAAAAAUGAUUUCACAGAGGAGGAGGAGGCCCAGGUACGCAAAGAGAACCAGUGGUGUGAAGAAAAAUAAAGCGGAGAAUCCUGCCAACACUACCACACUGAGAGGAUUGUCCCUGCUUACUGGUUGCACUGGCGUUGUUCAUACUUGUUAAUAUUUUACUUUUAGGAUAUUGACAGCCACUCUGCUCUCUAGUUCCCUUCAUUUCUGUAUCCCAAUAAUAGCAUGACCAUUUUAACUUGCCUGUGUGGUGUCAUUAAUUUAAAGAUAAAAUGCUUAUUACCGUUUUCACACACUCUACAUAAAAUAUAGUCCUGUUCUCAUGGCUUUGUAUCCUUGAAGGAG